AUGACGAUCAUAAUAAAGGUGGUGGUAAUAGCAAUGGUGGUGGUGGUGGUGGCGGCGACAGUGACAGUGACAAUGAUGGUGAUGACGGUUGCAGCAAUAUUAGUGAUAAUUGUAGCAAUUAUAAGCAUAUCUGAUCUGAGAUCUACGGUUGGGAUGACUCGUAUGGUUGGCAUCAUGACUAUCUAUGGUUAUGUGGAUUGCACACGAGAUGUGAAUGUUCAUGAUGAUUGGAUCAAUCUACCAGAAAUUGACACGAAUGUGGCGACCGCCACAGCGCUGGUGACUGAGUCAUCAUCUCUGGCAGAUGACAGUGGUUUAGAAUCUUCUGGUGGUGACAGAGGAGAUGGUAAUAAAGAGAGAAGUAUUAUAUUGGUUGUGGUUGUGGUUGUGGCAUUUAUUCUGGUAAUUGGGGUGAUCUUGGCGGUUAGAUAG